ACUUUUCCACCAGCUCCGCGUCCGCCGCUCCCCGCGCCUCGUCCCCUUCCCCCUCCUCGCCCAGCGGCUGCCGCUGCCCGCGAUGGUGGCCGCGCUGCUGGGCGGCGGCGGCGAGGCCCGCGGGGGGACCGUGCCGGGCGCCUGGCUGUGCCUGAUGGCGCUGCUGCAGCUGCUGGGCUCGGCGCCGCGGGGCUCGGGGCUGGCGCACGGCCGCCGCCUCAUCUGCUGGCAGGCGCUGCUGCAGUGCCAGGGGGAGCCGGAGUGCAGCUACGCCUACAGCCAGUACGCCGAGGCGUGCGCGCCGGUGCUGGCGCAGCGCGGCGGGGGCGACGCUCCGGGGGCCGCCGCCGCUGCAGCCCUCCCGGCCUCGGCCGCCUCCUUCUCGUCGCGCUGGCGCUGCCCGAGCCACUGCAUCUCGGCCCUCAUUCAGCUCAACCACACGCGCCGCGGGCCCGCCCUGGAGGACUGUGACUGCGCGCAGGACGAGAACUGCAAGUCGACCAAGCGCGCCAUUGAGCCGUGCCUGCCCCGGACGAGCGGCGCCGGCGCGGGCGGGGUCAUGGGUUGCACUGAGGCCCGGCGGCGCUGCGACCGCGACAGCCGCUGCAACCUGGCGCUCAGCCGCUACCUGACCUACUGCGGUAAGCUCUUCAACGGGCUGCGCUGCACCGACGAGUGCCGCACCGUCAUCGAGGACAUGCAGGCAGUGCCCAAGGCGGCGCUGCUCAAUGACUGCGUGUGCGACGGUCUCGAGCGACCCAUCUGUGAGUCGGUCAAAGAGAACAUGGCCCGCCUGUGCUUCGGCGCCGAGCUGGGCAAUAGCCCGGGCAGCAGCGGUUCAGACGGGGGCCUAGACGACUACUACGACGAGGACUACGACGACGAGCUGCGCCCCGGGGGCGCAGGCGGUGAGCAGCCGCUGGACGAUGACGACGGCGUCCCGCACCCGCCGCGCCCGGGCGGCGGCGCUGCUGCGGCGGGCGGCCGCGGGGAACUGCCGUACGGGACCGGGCGCAGGAGCAGCGGCGGCCGCUCGGCGCCCCGAGGCGCCUGGACCCCCCUCGCCUCCAUCUUGCUGCUGGUGCUGCUCGGGCCGCUCUUUUAGACCCCGCGGCCCCAGCCAUUGGCUGCGGAAGGGCCCGCGUCCCGCUUACGCGCGCGCUCUCCGCUUGCCCGUGAGCCGGGGCACCUGUGGCUUGGGGACAGAUAGAGAGGAUGGUUGGGGAUACUUCCCAAAACUUUUUCCAAGUCGACUGGGCCUAGCGCCGGUCUCCCCACCAUGAGUCUUGGCACUUUCCCUGUCUUCUCUCCCGAGCAGGACUUCUUGCACCUCCUCUCCCGCCCCCAUUCCAGGCUCCAGAAACUCCCACUUGUCUGCCCUCCAGAAACCUAGCUGUAGAGUUCAGGACGCUGGGGAGGAAACGGGCAUGGAGGGGACAGAACCGUAGUCCUGGACUCAGAAGGGAGGAUGCUGACCAAUGGGGCCUUAACAGUUCCAAGGGACUGGGCUUGGAGCAGGGAGUUUGAAGGAAGAAUUAUAUUUGCAGAGGGGCUGUUUAUUAGCAUUUUUCCUUUGAGGGGGAAAAAAAGUGCCAGUAUCGACUUUUUUUUUUUUUAUUGUGGCCAGUGAGGACAUUGCAAUCAAUCGUAAGUAAACAGAAAAGUCCCACUCACUGAUUCAUGCGUUUACUCUUGGUAUUAGAGCUCAGAAUUCUCAGUGACACAGAGGGGCGAGGGGGGAGCGCGGUGAUUGCCUUAGGGGGAGCCCCUGAAUUGGUUUUGGAUAACUUUGAGCCCUUGACCUUAAUUUCCUUGGUACCACUCUGAUCUCUUAGCACAUUUCUUAGGAUUAGUGGUCAAAAAAUGCUGAUCUAAGGGGUUGCUAUGGUGUUGAACAAUGCAACUUUUUAUUUAAAAAAGCUCUGCACUGCCAUCUAUGAAAACCUCUUUAUGAUGUUUGUUUUGUUGUCCUUUUUGUUCUUUACAUCAAGAAAUUGUAUGUUCAAAUAUGCGGAGAACAUAUAUUGCCUCUGCUCCUAUCAGGGUGCUAAACCCUGGUACAUCGUAUAUAAAGUGUAUUAAAACUGGGGUUUGUUACCAGUUGCUGUACUUUGUAUAUAGAAUUUUUAUAAAUUGUAUGCUUCAGAAAUAAUUUAUUUUUAAAAAGAAAUUAAAAGUUUUAAAUUCACAUUCAUAUUACACCCUCACUCCCCCCAAUGUACAGAAUCCAUUUAUCACCAGGGAUCCAAACCCACAGUCCAUUGUGAAGUGUGCUCUAUUUAGAACAGUCGUAAAAUGUACAGUGUAUUUUAUAGAUUUGAAGUUAACAUUCUUAUUUUCAAGAGAAUUUAUGGACGUUGUAGAAAUGUAUAAAUGCAUUUCCAAACUGCCUUAAACAUUGUAUUUUUAUAGACAUCAUUUUUUAAAAAUCCUAAGUUUUAAAUAACUAUGGAUUUGUGUAUUUUUUGAUUAUUUGUUUUAUUAAAACGUGUACAUCAGUAAAGAGUUUUAAACAAUGAA